AUGAAAUUUGUUUUAAGUUUUAAGAAGGCGCAUAAGUAUGAGGUAUAUGAAUGUGUUAUUCAUUGGGUGAAACAUGAAUUAGCUUCUAGAUAUGAUUGUUUGCCUAAAUUAAUGGAACAUGUUCGAUUACCUUUAAUUUCAAUGCAAUAUAUUCCAAAAAAUUUGUUUAAUGAACAAUACUUCAUAAAUAUAGUCCUAAAUUCAGCCUGUUGGGUACCAGUAGUUGAUAUGUUAGGUGAUCGAAGAUGUUUUGGAGUUGGCAUUUUAAGUGAUUGUGUUGUCACUGAUGACACUGAUGCCUGGUCCAUUGAAACAUUUUCGUCAACAAAUAUUAACACUAUUAAUGAAGCUGUAGUCAUUGAUAGAUCAGUGUAUUUUAAUGAUAAAUAG